AUGUUUGGUUAUGCAUCUUUUAGCUCUCUAUUCAUUCUCUUUUUCUUUGCAAACCUCAAGUCUUAUUAUGCACAGCAACAAACCCCUAAUUACCUCUUCCAUGUUUGUCCUAACACAACAACUUACUCCAAAAACAGCAUAUACUACUCCAAUCUCAAAAGCCUUUUGUCUUCUCUUUCUUCCACCGAUCGUGUUUUCUCCAUCGGAUUCUAUAGCACAGUCGCAGGUCAGAGCCCUGACGCGGUAUACGGGCUUUUCAAAUGCAGAGGAGAUAUGUCGCCGGAAGUCUGUCAUAAUUGCGUUGACUUUAUUGCCAAGGACAUUCGGAGUCGAUGUCCAGAGAGGAAACAAGGCAUAAUAUGGUAUGACCAAUGCAUGCUUCGAUAUGCUGACCAGAACUUUUUCUUGGACUCUUCACUCCAAAAUGGAACAACUGGACUUGUCUUGGCUAACACCAGUAAAAUUUCGGUUAGCCAACAAGACCGGUUCAGUGAUUUGGUCUUAUCCACGCUGAACAAGGCAGCCACCGAGGCACAGAACAGUUCGAGAAAGUUGAAUGCUAGAAAAGCCAAUUUUACUGCGUUCCAGACUUUGUACGUAAUGGUUCAGUGCACUCCUGAUCUACAGGGACAAGACUGUUUGCGUUGUCUUCAACAUAUCAUCACUCAGUUACCUACUAAUAGGACUGGGGCAAGCCUUAUGGUGCCGAGCUGUAGUUUAAGAUACGAGCUUUACCCGUUCUACAACUCAACCGCCCUUAGAUCAACUCAACCGCUGUCACCGCCGAUUUCAUUUCCUUCACCACGACAUGGAAAAGGCGGAAAGUCGACUGUCAUAAUCGUGGCUGUUGUUGUUCCAGUCACUGCAAUUUCUCUUCUACUCGUAGCUGUUUUUAUUUUCCGGGCUAAGAGAAAACGGACGGUUUAUGAGAUGGAACCACUAGCUGAAGGUGGAAAACUCCCCUUUUUGUACAUCAAAUGA